AUGCAUUUUCUCACACGAUUGUACAUUGAAUUUUGCUUGGCUUCCUUUCUGGGUCGCUCUCGAAUGAUCAUCUUCCACAAAGAAACAAUCGAUACGUUUUUCUUCCCUGAAAAUACAUCAUACAACUAUUUGCUCAGCUCAUCAAGUACAAUAAAUACUUCUCACCAGAUUGCAUCUGCAAUACACCAGAUAAUUCCAACAGAACAUUUUUUUCAACUUAUCAUGAUGUCCUUCCAAUCACGCACGAUUGCUGAUGAGAAUAUGAAUGCAUACUUCAUAUGUAGAAACGGACAAGAAGUGUCUUGGACGGCAGUUUGUGAUGGUCGAAGUCAAUGUUUGGAUGGUUCAGAUGAACGUAAUUGUUAUUGUCAAGGUGAUGUUUAUGCUUGUUUGCAAGGAAAUAAUGUCAGUUGUCGAAUAGCAUGUCCCACUUAUGGACGAGUCACUUGUUUAACAUAUCAAAACACACUUGCUUGCGAACAGUAUCUUCGAGAACGUAGUAGUACACUCAAUCCUGAUAUUCAUUCCGCCGGUGAUUCAUCCUUAUCAUCAUACAAUUUCGAUGCACUUCGCUAUUCGGCAUUACUCGCCGGCGGUAUUCUACUUUUCGUUUCACUUAUUUCCUUGCUUAUUUAUAUUCUUCGCAAACGUCCUCAGUUGUUGUUUCUAUGUACAGGCAAAUUAUUCACUACGAGUUCGAAUCGAAAACCUACACAUCGGUCAGCGUUGGAAUCGGCUAUUCUUCAGCAACAUCAAUUAACUCCAUCGUCAAACGUUCCUCGUCAACGUUAUACUCCAGCACCCGAUAUAAAUGAUCUCCCCCCGUCUUACUACGCAGACCGAAAUCAGAUGUCAAUAAAUGAUUGUUAUGAACCGCCACCGUAUCCUGGUCCACCUCUAUUUUCUUCAAUACAACGUACUGAUUCGAUUUAUUAUGAAACGAUAAAGACACCAUCCAUAUCAAAUUCAAUGUCUAUGCUACAUCCGAUGCCUUUACCUGAGCCACGUACCUUUGCCAACGCUCGCACACAUCGUGUAUAA